AUGACUGAAGAGUUAUGUGGCAAGGCAUGGAACUUUCACACCAGAAACUUAAAGAAUAUGUGCUUUCAAGCAUGGAUGCAGUAUUGUCUUUUGAAAAAAGAAGCUAGAAGAGAUGCAGAGCAGAACAUGGCUCUUGCAGCAGUUCACUAUAACUCCAGAAUAAUAAAAGUAAUUGUACAGAAAUGGAGUGGUUGGGUUCGGUUUCACAAGGAACAAAUGGCAUUGGCAGUCAGGAAAAUACAAUGGGUCUUUAAUGUUAAGUUGCUCAGAAUUAUCUUAAAGGCAUGGCAUGCAGAAGCGCAAAGUUCCGCAAAAACAAAAGCUUACUUUGAGCAAUUGGAAAAGGAAGACCAGGAAGAAUCUUUUGAUUUACAUCAUUGUUUCUCUUUAGAACUAAUCAAAGACAAAACAGCAACCUCAAGAAUAGUCAACUAUGAAAAGUCAAAUUUACUAGAAAGAGCAUUAUUACAGAUUUUUCACUACACAGACUUAAUUGAUCUGGCAAGGUGUGCUCAAGUUAGCCGAACCUGGAUGUCAGUAACACAAAAUAGUUCAUUAUGGAGUGAUAUUGAUUUUUCUGCAGUAAAACACAAGAUUCAAGACAAAACAGUAGUUAAUAUUUUGCAGAAGUGGCGUCCUUAUGUUUUACGUUUGAAUCUUCGUGGUUGUUCUUCUCUUCACUGGCCCAGCUUUAAAAGUAUUGGUGAAUGUAAAAAUUUGCAGGACAUAAAUCUCUCUGAAUGCCGGGAAUUAAACGACGAAUCAAUGAGACUUAUCUCAGAAGGGUGUUCAGCUCUCCUAUAUUUAAAUUUGUCAUACACUGAUAUUACCAACGGGACCCUAAGAGUUUUGUCAAGGAACUUCCCCAAUUUACAGCAUUUGAGUUUAGCUUACUGCAGAAAAUUCACAGACAAAGGUUUACAGUACCUGGCCUCCGGGAAAGGAUGUCACAAGCUCAUCUAUUUGGACCUUUCAGGUUGCAUUCAGAUCUCUUGUGAUGGCUUCAGAUAUAUUGCCAGUGGUUGCAAUAAAAUCCAGCACUUGAUAAUCAAUGAUAUGCCAACUCUUACAGACAGAUGUAUUCAAGCUUUGGUUGAAAAAUGUCAACAGAUUAUAUCUGUUGUCUUUCUUGACUCCCCUCAUCUCUCUGACACAGCUUUUAAAGCCCUUGCUGAGUGUAAACUUGUCAAGGUCCGAAUUGAAGGGAAUAAUCGGAUUACUGAUUUGAGCUUCAAACUGAUGAGCAAAUCCUGCCCGUACAUCAAGCACAUUUAUAUGGCUGAUUGCCAGAAGAUUACCGAUGUUGGUCUUAAGAUAAUUUCAUCUUUGAAGUAUAUUCUUGUAUUGAAUUUAGCUGACUGUAUAAGAAUCAGUGAUGCUGGUGUAAAACAAUUUUUAGAAGGCUCCUCAGGCGCAAAACUAAGAGAGUUGAACUUGACUAAUUGCUUCCAAGUCACUGAUGUCUCUGUUGUGAAAAUAGCCCAAAGGUGCCAUAAUCUGAACUACCUGAAUCUGCGAUAUUGUGAAAAUGUGACUGAUAUUGGCAUUGAGGCUUUAGGAAAUAUGUUGUCAUUGAUAUCCAUGGAUAUUUCUGGAACCAACAUCUCAGAUAUGGGCUUGGGAGCCCUUGGCAACAGUGGAAGAAUGAAGGAACUUUCUGUAUCAGAAUGUAAGAAGAUCACUGAUAUCGGGAUUCAGAAGUUCUGCCAAGGUGUGACAGAUCUACAAUACUUCAACGUCUCUUACUGCCCUCAACUGACAAAUGAAACUGCUAAAGCUCUGGCAUUGUACUGCCACAACCUUACGUCCCUCAACUUAGCUGGCUGUCCCAAGAUGACCGACUUGGGUAUUCAGUAUUUGUCUAAAGUCUGCCAUUACCUCCACUUCUUGGACAUCUCAGGCUGUAUAUGUCUUACUGACAAAGUACUGAAUUAUCUUUGGAAAGGGUGUACACAGCUCCGGAUUCUGAAGAUGUUGUACUGCCGAAAUAUUACCAAACAAGCUGUUCUGAAAUACUCAGCCAGGCUAGAGAAGCAAGAAUACAGCAAUGCUGAACCUCCUUCGUGGUUUGGGUAUAAUAAGCCUAGUACUGUGGUCAAGCCCCAGAAGAAACACACAACAGGACCUGAAAAAGCAAAAUUGUGGCCUGGGACUGAAAAUGAAGAAGCUGCAUAAUAUCUUUUAUAUUUUAACCAUACUUUUUUUUAAGGGAAUAGUCAUUUAAUAAAAGGAGUUCUUUCUAGUUGAACUGGUAAGAGUUAGUGCAAGUCAAGUCUUUGUAGCAGAAUAGUUGAGGCCUUCAUUUUAGGGCUGUCAACUAAACACCGUUAACAAGCACAAUUAAUGCAUUAAUUUGUUUUUGCAUUAAUUUUUUUAACGUGUUAAUUGCUACUGCUGGGUCCUGUGUACUGGGGGAAAAGUGGCCCAUCCCCCUCGCUGAUGCUCAGCCCCCCCCCCCCCCCCCAGCAAGCAGUCAGGCAGGGUCCUGGAAGCAGACUUGGCAGUGCAAUGCAGGUAAGUGUAUGCGGGGGGGGGGCAGGGGUUGGGGGGCAGGUGCCUGCUGGCCCUAGAGGAAGCUAUCUGGGCACUGGGUCUAUGGUAGGGAAGGUUGAAGUGCCCUUUGAGGGUUGUGGGGAGCUCCAGCAUUGGAGCUGGUGCCCCAUGCUUGCAGGGGCCAGGCGUGCAGGGCACCAGCAGUGCCAGGGGACUGCGAGUCAGGGUCAGGAGCGAGGGGCACCAGCAGUGCCAGUGGAUGGGGGCUGGGAAUGAGGUGUGCCCCCACCACAUGUCCACUUUUUUGGAAAUGAAAAUAUGCUAACCCUGGUUUUGACCCUUUUCACAUACUGUACUUAAUCACUAGGCAGAAAUUAGCAGUUCUACUCUGUUCUUCUGGCAGUGAGUAAAUAGCAGAAAGAUAUAAUGGAACAAAGCAAAAUUUGGGUGUCUUGAAUAGGAAGAUUAUAAAAAAAACUUGCUGUUGGUUCUGUGGAUAAAAAGACUUAUCUAUAGCUAUUGCAAGGCUGAACUCCAAUAUAAUUGAAGCACCUCAAGUCUGCAGUACUACCUACGCGCUAAACAUGCUUUUGGCACCAUUCCUCUUGCUGCAGAUAAUCCAAUGACAGCAAAUGAAUCCUGAGAGCUGAGACACAGUACACUUACUGAGUUUCAGAAUCAUUGCAAGCCCAUGGAUAAAAUGAAGUACAACAGCUUAACCAAUGCUACUGCAAAAUGAACAGCUAUGUACUGCAGACCACUCAACAUUGUAAAUGACAGAGGGCUGAUAGAGGUUAUUCAAACUGCAUCUUUUAAUCAGUCAAACCUUGCCCUUCCGAGGAACCAGUGCAUCACAAAUACAUGACCUAUAUCACAACAAGAAGGCUACUAAUUUGGAGCUGUUGAAAAAUGCACAAGAUGUUGCUUUGACUGGUGAUCACUGGACAUCCUUGAGUAAUCACAGUUAUCUUGGAGUCAUGACACCUGACUGAUGCUGCAUGGACACUGCAGUCAUUUACUUUAACAGUAACGCAUAUCAGAGAUAUCAUGCUGAAAUGUGAAGAGAGUUUCUUGGAUGUUACAAGAACAGAAUAUUCAAGAAAAGGUAACAGCAAUUAGCACUAACAGUGCAUGUGAUCUGAUAGCAGCAGCCAGUCCCUUGCCUUUUGAACACAUGAUGAGCAUCGCUCACAGUCUGCAGUGAUCCAUCACAGUACUGCUCAGUACUGGUGGUUUUGAAAAUGUGCUGGCAAAACGUAGAAAAAUUGUGGACCAUUUCAAACACAGUCCAGGUUAACAGCGCAGAGCUAAAAACACAACAAGCUGCAAAUGGACAGAAACAAGAACCUCUCGGUCAAGAUAUUUCUACCAGACAGAAUUCCACAUUGAGUGUGGUUCAGCGCCUGCUAAGAAAUAAAGCCGCUAUCACAACCAUGUUAGCUCUUCAAAAGCACAAUCUAUCAGUGCUCCCAGGUAGUGAUUCUGGAAAACUGCAAAAGCUAGACACACUACUUAAGUCCUGCAGGUUUAUGACUGAACUCUUUUGAGAACUGUAUGUCUCCUUCUCCGUGAUUUUACCUGCACUCUGCUAUGUAUUUCAUGUUAUAGCAGUCUCGGAUGACGAUCCAGCACGUGUUGCUCAAUUUAAGAACGCUUUCACUGCAGAUUUAACAAACUGCAAAGAGGGUAGCAAUAUGAGAUUUCUAAAUUAGCUAUAGCACUCAACCCAAGGUUUAAGAAUCUGAAGUCUGAGAGGGACAAGGUGUGGGACAUGCUGGCAGAAGUCUUAAAAGAGCAGCACUCUGACUUGGAAACUACAGAACCCGAACCACCACAGAAAAAUCAGCCUUCUGUUGGUGGCAUCUGACUCCGAUGAUGAAAACGAAGGUGUGCUGGUCCACACUGCUUUGGAUCAUUAUAAAGCAGAACCUGUCAUCACCAUGGAGGCAUGUCCUCUGCUAUGGUGCUUGAAGCAUGAAGGGGCUUAUGAAAGUUUAGCACAGCUAGCACAUAAGUACCUUGCAACGCGGGCUACAACAGUGCUGUGCGAAUGACUGUUCUUGCUUUCAGGUGACAUUGUAAAUAAGAAGCAUGCAGCAUUAUCUCCCGAGAACAUAAACCAACUUGUUUGUCUAAGUGAUUGGCUGAAAUCAGCAAGGUUCAUUGAAAAAUGCUAUUUCUUUUGUUUACCAUUUUUACAGUGCAAUUAUUUCUAAUAAAAAUAAUAAUAAAAA